ACGUCUUUUCUGAUUGGUGCAGGCGGGCGCUGCGCGUGCUGACGUCACAAGACGGCGGCGCUGCUAUAAGAGCGCGACCGGGGGACGCGUGCGCCUCUUUCUCGGUUACCGAAGCGGGCGCGAAGACGGGCAAGUAGAGCCAGCAUGCCGGUGGCCCGGAGCUGGGUUUGUCGCAAAACCUAUGUGACCCCGCGGAGACCCUUCGAGAAGUCCCGCCUCGACCAAGAGCUGAAGCUGAUCGGCGAGUAUGGGCUCCGGAACAAACGUGAGGUCUGGAGGGUCAAAUUUACCCUGGCCAAGAUCCGCAAGGCUGCCCGGGAGCUGCUGACGCUGGAUGAGAAAGACCCGCGGCGUCUGUUUGAAGGCAAUGCCUUGCUGCGGCGACUCGUCCGUAUCGGGGUGCUGGACGAGGGCAAGAUGAAGCUGGAUUACAUCUUGGGCCUGAAGAUUGAGGAUUUCUUGGAGAGACGCCUGCAGACCCAGGUCUUCAAGCUGGGCCUGGCCAAGUCCAUCCACCACGCCCGUGUGCUGAUCCGCCAGCGCCAUAUCAGCCCUUGGAGGUGAUGAAGGUGUGAGCUCCCCUUGAGGGUGCAGAUUGACCCCCUACAAACAGCUCACGGGGGAGCUGGGGGCAGCCUCAUCCCCCCCGUAGCCCAGCGCAAGGGUCACUGCGGCUGGAGCCGUACACCUUGCGAAGGCUUCUACGAGGCGUGCAGGUAGCUGGACAGGUAACAGCCCUUGGUGUCCAGUUGCGAGGAGUCAUUGGGGCUAACUGACUUGUGUGGGUUCGGCUGUGUAGUGGGCCCUUGUGGAGCCACUCCAGGCCCUGAUCACCACAGUGCACUCUCCUGUCGGCCUUAAUUUGGUGAGUUCACCACAGGCCAAGGUCUGCCACAGUGAAGACCAGAGGCCAGAUGGGUCUUUAUCUGAGUACUCAGUUUACCCUUUGUAAAUUGGGCCCUGUUCAUGAGGCCCAGUUGAGCUGUGUAGUAAGUGGGUGGGAUACAUGCAUACUGAAUUUCUGCCGCAGCCUUUCGUUAGCCGUGUGACCCAUGGGCAGGAGCCUCUCAACGUUGCUUGUCUGAAAUGAAACGACCCCAGUCCUUUCGGGUUGCUGCUUCGAAGACAGUGAAACUGCACCUGCUAAUAGAGCUCAGUGUGUGACACACACAGUUGAGAAUAUUUGAAGUGUCUGGCACAGCUGUGUAUUUGAAAAGCAGGUCUUGGGUUUAUAUGCUGCCACCUCACCUCAUUCGCUCUGGUCUCGUGGGUUACUGCUGAAUUGCUCUCUCCCUUCUGUGAGGUGUGAAUGUAAAGGUGGAUGCAUUUGUGUGAAUUAGGUGAUGCCUGAAAACUCUCCGGAACACACAGCAGUUCUUUAGGAUCAGGAGCCCUUCCCGUUUAUUGCUUCAGUCAGUGCAGCUCUAUAGCACCAGCCCUGUCA